AGCAUGCUCUGCGGAAGAAAGUCCCGGCCUGGGCUGCUAACCGAGGCUAUAUAAGCCCCUCGGGCGGCGCGGGUUUCAGACAUUUGCCGGUGGCUGUCGUUGUUGUGAAGCCGGUGGUGGCUCGUUUCCUUACGCUGUAGAGCGCCGUUGUUGUUCCCGUUUAUUCCUCCUAAGAACGAGCUCCUUUCCGAUGAGGCCGAACGAGGCGACUGAGGAGUCGUCCGCUUUGGCGGCGCGCCUGGAGGAGCUGAAGCGGCGGGCGGCCGAGUGCAUCGAGGCGUCGUCGGAGCGGCUGGCCGAGCUGAGCCGCGAGAUCUGGAGCCGGCCGGAGCUGGCUUACGAGGAGCGCCAUGCUCACGACGCCCUGGCCCUCUUCUUCGCCGGCCUGGCCUCGGGGUCCUCGCCGGCCGGCGCCUGGCUGGUGCAGCGCAGCUACAAGCUGGAGACGGCCUUGCGGGCGGACUGGCAGUGGGGCGGCCAGGGAAACGCCGCGGGUGCUGCCCCUGCCGCCGCCGAGGACGGGCAGAAGGCGCCCCUCCGUCUGGGCUUCUUGUGCGAGUACGACGCCUUGCCGGGCAUCGGCCACGCCUGCGGUCACAACCUCAUAGCUGAAGUGGGCGCCGCCGCCGCGCUGGGCCUGAAGGGCGCCCUGGAGAGCCUUCGCCCGAGCGGAUCCGCCGACGGACUCUCCCGCCACGUCCCCGCCGUCAAGGUCACCGUGUUGGGCACCCCUGCCGAAGAAGACGGAGGAGGCAAAAUUGACUUGAUCAAAGCCGGGGCUUUCGAUGGUCUGGACGUCGUUUUCAUGGCCCAUCCGUCCCAAGAAGAUGCAGCGUAUUUGCCCGACGUAGCAGAACAUGAUGUGACUGUGAAAUACUAUGGAAAAGCUUCUCAUGCUGCUGCUUACCCUUGGGAAGGAGUAAAUGCAUUAGAUGCUGCUGUUCUUGCAUACAACAAUCUGUCAGUUUUAAGACAGCAAAUGAAACCAACAUGGAGAGUUCAUGGUAUAAUAAAGAAUGGAGGUGUGAAACCUAAUAUCAUCCCUUCUUAUGCUGAAUUGGAGUUUUACUUGCGUGCUCCUUCAUUAAAAGAACUCUCCGUCCUGACAGAAAAAGCAGAGAACUGCUUUAAAUCUGCAGCCCUGGCCACAGGGUGUGAAAUGGAAUUAAAAGGUGGUGCAAAUGAUUACUACAACGUGCUUCCUAACAAGAGCCUGGAAAAAGCUUACAUUGAGAAUGGGAAGAAACUUGGCAUGGAGUUCAUCCCAGUAGAUAACUUGACUGGGCUGUCAGGUUCUACUGAUUUUGGGAAUGUUACCUUUGUGGUUCCUGGGAUUCAUCCUUAUUUUUAUAUUGGCUCUGAUGCACUAAACCAUACUGAGCAGUACACAACAGCUGCAGGGUCAGAAGAAGCUCAGUUCUAUGCCUUGCGAACAGCGAAGGCUUUGGCAAUGACUGCUUUGGAUGUUAUUUUCAAGCCAGAUCUGCUGGAUAAGGUCAGAGAAGACUUCAGACUGGUGAAACUCAAAGAGGAAGGUUACUUGAAUAUCCCUGAAAAUGGAAAGGUGUCUGGUCUUGGUAUCGGAGCAGCAUGUGCAUCACGUUGAAAUAGUACAGCAUAUUAAAAAUCUAAACACAAAAGAACGUCAAUAUUUUUUCCCCUUGGAAUUCUAGGAAAUGUUUAAUAGCUGGAAAGAUGCUUGAUAUUUUAAGUGGUGCAACUAAGCAACCUCAGAGUACUUUUAAAAUAUUGCUAUUGUCUGAUAUGUAGUGGUCUUAAUUUGGCAGACAAAAUGAGUGAUUUCUCUGCAGUAAUUGAAAAUGUGCUGAAUAUUGCAGCUUUGCGUACUUUUGGAAAAGCUUUUAAAAUGCUAUUUACUCUGGUUGGAAAGGAAUCUUGGGUUGUCUUCAUAGCAGCUGUUCUCUUGCCAAGGAAUAGUGAGAAGUGUUGCAUGUUUAGCUUAUUGUAUGCAGAACCAAAUGCAAUCCACUAGGACAGGCUUAAUAUGCUUCAUAAAUCUGUAUGUAUUUGAACUGAACAUACCAAAGGUUAGGUGAUGGUUGUUCAAGAUGUGCCUAGACUUUCACAUUAGAAUGGUUUUGCACUCAGUAUCUCACGGUCUUUGGUAGCUCAACACUUGAACAUACCAUACUUUCCUCUUUUGGCCAUCUAAAUUUUUUGAAGGACUAUCCUUGUAAUCACUUGUUCUGCACAGUUUCCGAACGCUGUGUAUCCUUUAGUAGUUUUGUGCAUAGUAUAGAAUUAUACAACAUACAGAUACACCAGAAGAAAAUAACUUGUAUGAAAAUGAGUGUUCAGGAAUAGCUUUUAAAAUGAAACCUAAAACUGAGUUUCUUGUAAAAAUUCUUCCUAUAUGAAACCAAUUAAGCAAUCACAUUGAAGGAGAAGUUAAAGCAGUAGGUAGUGGGUUUUGGUUUUUUUAAGGGUACUGUACAGAAUCAAAGAAAUACUUGUGCAAACCUGGUAUAUGAACCCUGCUUUACUGUCUUAUUUAUGCAUAGCUGCAUUUCGAAAAUGAAUGGCUUCAGUCCAUUAAUGUAGCUGCUGUACAAAGUAGAUUGGUAGAAUGUAGAACUUAUGUUUCAAAUUCAUAUUCCUUUCUGAAAUAGAAUUGUCUAUAAUUUUGUCAGUUUCACCACCAGUUACUCCCCAGGACCCAAGGUGUGUACAUUGAUGACAGAGAUGAGUUGAGGAAAGGGGUGAUGAAUCCUGUGGUUGUUCGAGUUGAUACCCAAGUAUUUUGGGUGAGCCUCAAAUAAAUUUGUAAAGGCUAAACAUUGCCAUUGUGAGUUGGGUCAGCAGUAGUGGACUAUUUGGGGGCUAGUAUGUUGUCCUUCAGGGCAGAGAAAAUAGAUGUGCUUUUUUCUUCUGUGGAAUAAGCAAAAGAUGGUGAGAAUGUGAAUUCUUGGGGCUUUUGGCAGGUAAAAGGUACUUCUCCUGUAGGGGAGGAAUGUGAUCCACUGGCAGGAAGUAAAACUUUUUUAGAGAAUAUACUUGGGACAGGGACAAUCUCCUAUCUCCAUUUCUUGCCGACUCCACUGCAGAUCAUCAGUCAUCUGUCCAAGGUAUGGCAAAAGAGAAGUGGCAGGAAGUCCAUCUUGGAAGGGAUUUUCCUUUGUUCUUUUUUCCUUUUUCUUCUCCCUUUAACUACUCCUACUGGAGUAGCUGGACCUGACACAUUUGGAGGCAUGUUAGACAACUCACAAGUACUAACUAGGCUGUCUAGAUUAUUCUUUGACUACGAAAAGAUCAGCUGUCUUCUAAUCAAGCUGGUCUUUGUAUUUGGCAUAAAUCUACACACCAAAAUUGACUUGAAGUACAAUCCUUUGCAUGUCUAUGCAGAAGUGACUCCCAUUCAAUUCAAUGGGGUUUACUCCCAGGAAAAUGUUGCAGGAUUGUAGCCAUAGUUAUGUAACACACCACUGCCUAAGGUGUAUUAGUGGUAUCAUAACGCACCACUGCCUGUUACCUAAACUAAUAGUAGAUAAACAUAUCUUAUGUGGAAAGAAAACACUAAUCUCCUGUCCUCUUAAGCAUAAUGUGAAAUUUCCUUUCCAAGUGUUGUAGGGAGCAAACUGCACAGAAUUUUGUAUUCCAGAACAAUAUAAAUGUCGUCUUUAUGCCCACUUGUUUGCCUAAACAAUAUUCUCUUUGAGGGUCAAAUACUUCCAUUAUUAUGUUAUUAAUUAUUCUUUUUGUCUUGCCUUUCUUCUCAAUUUUUACCAGGUUGGUUACAAAAGCUAUACUGGUUUAAAUGAAUAUAUUGCAUUAUUUUUAUUCAUAAACAGAAAGAAGUGCAGCAAGUUUAGCAGAGCUUAAGGUAUAUGCAUUUCUGAAGCGCACACAUACUCAAAUGCACAAAUCUAUCUAGGGAGAAACAAAGAUGUAUAUUUUGUACAUCACCUGUAGAAACUGUUCUGAAGACUUAACAUUCUGAGCUGCACAUUUGAACGUUGGAAUGUUUUGCAGCAAAUUAACAUCCAUUAGCAAGCACUGGAAGACAGUGUUAGGAAAUUAUUAACCACAGCACUUAUUUUUUCCUACCACCACCAGUGCUGUAAGAAGAGAAGCGGUUUUCUUUUUACCAACAUACAGCUGUUUCCCCAAAUGUUGCACUGUCCUAACUUGCCAGGGAACAGAAAUCAUACACAACUGACUCCCAUUGUUCCUUCCUGUAGAGGGAUUUCUUAAAUUUUAGAGUAUUUUUAUAAUGAGAACGCCACCUGUGCAGGUUUACCAUGGAGGACAGAGUCCCUUCCUGUUUUACCUUAUUUUGUAAUUUCCUAAGCAAGGAUCUUAGAUUCCUGCAGUCUUUGUCGAACCAGGCCCUCGAAUUGUUUCGUUGUUUGGGAGGAUUGGAGUUCGUGAGUAGUGGGAAGAGCGACUCUGAGACCUGCUGGAAUGUUGAAAAGGGGUCAGAAUUAGAUAAAAUACAUUGGUCUCUCAAGGCCAGUAAAUCUGAUGAAUGCAAGUGUUGUUUGAUUUUAGAUUCCAGAUCGCUGUUCCAUUUACGCCUACGGAGGGCCAGAAUUGGAGGUAGGUCUGCACAGUGAUGGUGUUGCGGAUCCUCCAAACCAAGGGGAAUUAGUGAGAUUGCUAUAGGAAGAUGGUCACUCUCAAUUCUAUUGAAAGUCCUGAAGCCCUGUGACCUCUCCAAAAGUUUUGGGGAGACCAGGAUAUAAUCAAUAACGCUCGCACCUCUAGGCCCAAGAAAAGAAAAGAAACCCCCUGACCUGUCCAUAUAGGUACCAUGCAGAUUAUACAAAUUAUGUUUGAAGGCAGUCUCCAUUAAUGUAACGCCUGCCUUAUUCAAGACCUUAUCGUCAGAGGACCAGGGAAUAAACCAGUCUGCCUCUGGUAGGAACUGAGAUUUGGAGCAGUACAUAUUAAUGUCAUUUCCUAUCCUGGCAUUGAAAUCACCUGCCAGCAGGAUAUCCAUGCCAGGGAGUUCUAGUUCAGCCUUCUCCAAACAUAGCUCUAAAUCUUCUUAGAUUUGUGACUACUGGGGAGGGGUGCCCAUGGGAGGGAUAUAUAUAUUAAAGCAAAGGAAAUCUCCUUCACUCCUAGAAAUGAGUAAGAUUUGUAAAUUGUUACUCUUUACCCGCUGCUGUUGCCGGACCUAGCACUUUAGCUUGGUAGAAACAAAAGUGACUAAACUACCACUAGGUCGGCCUCGGAUAUUUGGUUUUAUUGCAGCGGGUAACAAAGGCUUCGUAUCCCUGUAAAGAAGGGAUAUGGAAAUCUAGACACCAUAUCUCCUGUAAACAUAUAAUCUGAAAUUUUGUAAGGAAGUCCAGAAGGUCGACAUCACCCUGCUUAGAUAACCAUCCCGCCACAUUCCAAGAUAGAAUGUGAAAAUAGGGUGAUGGUGGAAAUAGUGGCAGUCAAUCUCUUUUCCGAUGGUUUGAGGCUCCUGGGUUAGGCUCAUCCUCUUUCGGCCCUGCUUGGUGAUUCCAGGUUUGGGGUCGCUGGUCCCUAGGUAGGUGUGAUAACUUUUAACUGAGGGGCCAAUAAGUUGAUAUGGCCCACCCAGGGGAUCUUCGAUGGCACUAUUGUAAAUAUCAAAAUGUUCAGCUGAUUUUUCCAAAGCAUGGGCUUUUCCGACCUGUAUAGGUUGUAAAGAUAGCAGGUCAACAGCUGUAUCUUGCGUUGAUGCUGCUAGCGGGUCAGAAUUUGACAGGUGUACACAACUGACUCAUGGGCUAGUUAGUAGGCAUAGCAAAUUUUAAUAUGCAUAACUGUAUCAAACAUGCUUCAAUACUUUGAUCCUGUUAAGAGUUGGGUCAACUUCAAAAGAAAAUAUUAAUCUUACCAUGCUGUAUUUAGUAUUUAAACGUCUUUCAUCCAAUUAAACACAGUUUUUGCAAUAACUCUUCAUCUUUGCAGAAGAGGGGAAAAGGCUCUGGAAGGUUGUUUUUCCCUCUAGUAAGCAAGGGCAAGUUGUCCUCAGUGGGAUUUGGAGCUGAUCAGUACUUGGACUGAAAGGAUCAGUGUCUCUUAAGGUUCUUGUUAUGUCUCCUCAUUCAACUGUGUAAGCUUUGCUUCCAAAAACAUUAGUACCAAAGGUGAACUCUAUAUUUUGUUGAGCUCAGGGUUAUUUCUGCUCCAAUCAUAUAGCUGUGCAAGUUGUUGCCUAAGCUGGGUGUGAGCAAGAUACAUGGACUGGCUUCUGUUUUCCUGGAGAAUGCUGCAUAUUUCUGAUAGUCUUUUAAAAACCUGGCAAAGUCUCCUGUUAUAGCUUCACAACUUGCUAAAAUUGCAAACCCAAAGAAGAAGAGUUUGGAUUUGAUAUCCCGCUUUAUCACUACCCUAAGGAGCCUCAAAGCGGCUAACAAUCUCCUUUCCCUUCCUCCCCCACAACAGACACCCUGUGAGGUGGGUGGGGCUGAGAGACUUCAAAGAAGUGUGACUAGCCCAAGGUGACCCAGCAGCUGCAUGUGGAGGAGCGGAGGUGUGAACCCGGUUCCCCAGAUUAUGAGUCUACCGCUCUUAACCACUACACCACACUGGCUCCAAAAGGUUGGAUCCAGGCGUGCCACUUGACAUGAACAGUAUGGAACCCAAAGGUUGCAAGUCAGCAUGGUUAAUGUUAUGGACCCAUUGGUCUUGGAUUGUUGCUCUGAGUGUUCUGUAAUGAAAACUUGCUUAGAUGGCAACUGCUGAACAGUGUCAUGGGCAUUAUUUCAAUAUUUUGCUUACUAUUCCAAACUUGAUUCCUUAGCAGAGGCCUACUUUGCAAAGGAGAUUUUGGCUGAUACUUAUGCAGUGUUUUAGUGGUAGAUGCCAUCCCAACCAUACUGUAUUCCUUAUCUGAACAAGAAAGAAAAGAGGAAAAUUGAUCUAUUGUGAAUUCCUGUGUUUCUUGCAUGGUUUUUAAUAUCAUAGUUUUUUUGGAAAAUAUAUGCAGAAAUGUUAUUUGACAGAUCAAACAGCUGGAAUCUUGCUACUGUCAUGGGAGAGUACAAAUUACCUUUUUUCUGUUUACAAAGCACAAUCCAAUGAGAAAAAGCAAUCAAGCUGUAAGCCACAUGGAUUGCGCAACAGUUUAAAUGCACAGCAGUUGCUUUAAAGUUUGAGUGUCAGUUGGCUAAAGCAUAAGACUACCUGGGUGUCUGGCCAUGCCCAUGAUCAUUGGCGGUUGUUCUUCAUAGCACUCUGGGGGCUGCGAGGAAGUUCAGGCAGGAGAAAGAGAGGAUUUAUGCAACAGUAUUAAAUUAUAGUAAUUCAGUUUGAUUUGUAAUAAUUUGGAAAAUAAUAACAAAAUAUAAGAUAAACAUAAGGCUACCUGGAGCCAUUUAUGCAGCCGCCCUCUCAUUUAAAAAGGGUCUUAUUGAAUGUGAGGCUGUCCAUGCGCAGCAUUAGCAUGCCAUGCCAUGCCAGCAACCAAUGAUCAGGGAGGAAGUGCUUUGCAUAGGCCUCUUGCACAUAUGGUUGCUGCAUGGAGUACCUGUAGGGAUACACUAUUUCCAUGUGGCAUGUUGAAAUUGUGGGUUAGAGAUUGUAACUUUAUGUCUUUGUAAGAUCAGACGGGUUGGUGUUUGAUUUCUUUUGUGUGUGGGUGAGCUGCUAAGGCAGUAAGUCCCAUUGGUUUAUAAUUUCAGAACGUCUUGUCCAAUAACGUUAGUUUUGUUAGUGCACCAUUGCUUAUUUCUGUUAAUAACGCUGAGGCUUUCUUUACAGUUCUGAUUCUUGUCUAGUAGUUAUGCAGUGAUUCUGUAUGCCAGGUUGGACAGACUUUUUGCCAAGUAAGCCAUAAGUAAAGUCUGAAGCGUGAGUGCCAUUUUUGUAUACUCCACAGGACGUAUACGGCUCCCCCUUACUAGGAGGUGGCUUUUCAUCUAAUGUACCAAACUAGAUAGUGUGCACUUCAUCACUAGUGCCAUUUGUGGCCUCUUACACAAUACACUGCUAAGUCCUAGGGUUUUGCACUUUUGCUGUUACCUGAAUUAACAAGAAAAAGCAACUUUUUCACUGCUUCCUUAAAUAGAAUGCAACUUUACAGUAGACAACAGUUUUUCUUGGAUCUUAAGUAGGACAAGGACACCAGACAAACAUUUUAGUCAGCAUUACUUUUAGGUUACAAAGCUGUUGUAAAGGCAUAUUUGCUUUUUAGUGUCUUGGCUAUUGCUGCUGCACCAAAUCUUGUAUGCUGUUGAAUCUGUAUAUUCAGUUUUGAAGAAUGAAGAGCCUGCAACAGCAGGUUGGUAAAAAUGUAUAUGUAGCUUGGAUGGUGAAUUUACUUGAACAAAUGUAACAAACAUGCACAAGUAUAUUUCAAGAGUUGGUGGUUUUCCUUUUUUAUACCUUCUAAAGGGUUAUCUUCGCAGGUGUAAUGUUUUGCAGUGAAUUCAGGUAUUUGAGGAAAAGAUACAUUCAGGGGCUGAAGCAGCUUCCUGUGCCAUCUGUACACAGAAUGUUUUGUUUGAAUAAAAACUUGAGCUACAUUAUAAACUAUUGAUAUAAAAGUACUUUUGCUAAACUUGUUUUAUCAUUUUCUAGUGAGCCACUGUUGAUGCUAUCACUUGGUUUUGUACAUUCAGCUUUCUUGGUAUGCUGUGUGUAAGUACAUUCUGCAUUGUAAGAAUAAAAUUGACUUGCACAUUA